AUGAACCCCGGCUUCCCCCGGAGGCUCCCCCGGAGCCCCCCAAGCCCCCUCCGGGCGCCGCCCGCCGCCUCCGCGCCGCUGCCCUACGGCUACUUCGGCAGCGGCUACUACUCGUGCCGCGUGGCUCGCGGCUCGCUCAAGGCCGGCCCGGGCCACCAGGGCCCCUUCGCGGCUACCGACAAGUUCCUGGAGCCGCCCGGGGGCAGCGAGGACUUCCAGAGCCGCCCCGCGGAGUUCGCCUUCUACCCGGGCUACGGCGCGCCCUACCCGCCCGUGGCCGCCCGUGGCUACCUGGACGUGCCCGUGGUGCCCGCGCUGGGCGAGCCCCGGCACGAGGCUCUGUUGCCGGACGGUGGCUACCAGCAGCCCUGGGGCUGGCCCGGCCAGAUGUGCUGCGCCAAGGAGCAGGGCCCGGCCGGCUUCGUGCUGAAAGCCGCCUUCGCAGAGGCGGCGGGCCCGUGCGCCCCGGCGGGCUGCGCGCUGCGGCGGGGCCGCAAGAAGCGCGUUCCGUACAGCAAGGGGCAGCUGCGGGAGCUGGAGCGGGAGUUCGCCGCCAGCCGCUUCAUCACCCGCGAGCGCCGCAGGAAGGUGGCGGCCGCCACCGGGCUGAGCGAGCGGCAGAUCACCAUCUGGUUCCAGAACCGCCGCGUCAAGGACAAGAAAGCGCUGGCCAAGGGCAAGGCCGGCACCGGCGGCACCCCCUGA